CUUCUCAUUCCAAGAGUUCUUAUUUUCUUUCUUUCUUUCUUUCUUUCUUUCUUCACUUUUCUCUCUGCUUCAGUUUUCUUCAUCUCUUCAUAUUCGGACAAGUAAUUAUUUGUUCUUUUCUUAAGAUUACAAAAUCCUUUGAUCAUUUAAAGAAAAGGAUCGUCAAAAUGAGUUGCAAUGGGUGCCGAGUUCUACGAAAAGGAUGCAGCGAAUCAUGCAUUCUAAGACCUUGUUUACAAUGGAUUGAGUCUCCUGAAGCUCAAGGUCAUGCUACUGUUUUUGUUGCUAAAUUCUUUGGGAGAGCUGGUCUCAUGUCUUUCAUCUCUGCUGUUCCUGAAUCCCAACGGCCUGCUUUAUUCCAAUCUUUGUUAUUCGAGGCUUGCGGAAGAACAGUAAAUCCUGUUAAUGGAGCCGUAGGGUUAUUAUGGACAGGAAAUUGGCAAAUUUGUCAAACAGCAGUAGAAACUGUUCUUAGAGGAGGAACUUUAAGGCCAAUUUCUGAUGUUAUGAAUGGGACUGAAAUCCAAACAUUUGAUCAGUCUGAUGAUUUAUCUGUUUCCAUUCAAGCUCAACAACCUAAUUUUAGUACAAUGGAAAUGAAAAAAAUCAUUAAGUUAGACGAUAAUCAUCAUAACAGUAACAAUAAUAAUCUUUAUCCAUCAUCAAGAUCAUUAGCGAAACCAUCUAAAAGGAAAGUUUUUACACAAACAGAUCUCGAUCUUUCCUUAACGACGUCGACUUCCGGUGGUAGUGGAAUCGUGAAUCAUCAUCACCGGCCUGAAAAAAGAAGAUCUAGUUCACCGUCAAUGAAUUCCGAAGAAUCUGUGACUACUAGUCUUGAUAGUUCAGUUGAAAGACGAGUAUCUCGAGGAGUUGAAAUCAAAGCUCUAGAUUUGUUCGUGUAGAAGAAGUUCACUGUUUCUUGUUCUUUUUGGUUAAAUUAGAGAGGAAACCGAAGCUCUAUUAAGUAAAGUAAAGAAUCGAAGUUCUUUUUUUUGUGAUGGAACUUGAUUCCUUUCUUGACAUUGAGAGAGAGGUUCAUGUAAUUUUUAACUUUUUCCGGUAAGGGUAUUUUGGUCAAAAUAUCACCGGUGAAAGGAUUUCUGGUUUAUAAACAAAACUUGAAAGAUGAGUUACACCGGUGACUACAAACCCUUACUUUUCAUUCUUUCCCUUUUUUGUUGCUGAAAAAUUAUGACGUGUAAUGCGUUUUAUAUUAAUAAACCAAGAAUAUUAUUACUCUA